AUGCAUGCAGAUGAUGAUCAGAAAAGUUCAGAAUAUAUUGGAAUUACAGUGAUAACACAAGGAUAUGUAUUUAUCCUCCAUAUAUUAUUUAAGCAAGCAGGAAGCAGUUCUUGAAUUUAAACAAGAGUUGGGUAGGGUAUUCUUAAAUUUUAUUCUGAGUUUCAAAUGUAAACCAAUACUGUCACUGAAAACUAUUAGGGCCUAUAUCAUCAUAAAAAUCUCUUGAGUCAAAAAUCAUCUCAUUCAUAGCUUUUGCAUAAGAGAAUUCUUUAUUGGUUUCUCGAACUCUCUGAUAACCUUCCUUUAGGAUCAAUUAGAUUUGCAUCGUUUUUUAAGGAAUCCUUCUGUAAGUUACAAUUGAUUAAUUUGAAAUUCAGAGGUUAAUUUCAUCAAGACAUGAGGUUAAUGCAUUUUAAAGGUUGCGAAAAACACCUCAUGUCUUUAGAUUUCACAAUUUGA